UUGUUAAACUUAAACUCACAACAGUAAAUAUAACAAAAAGGCAGUAUAUUAAGCCACAGAAACUAAAUACACGCACAAAGCGCACGAGCAGAAGAGAAAAGAAAGUUGAAUAGGCAGAGCGAAAGGAAAGGUGACGACGCAAGAAAAAAGAAAAAAAAUAGCGACGUAUACGUAAACUUAUUGAACGACAAUUAAGUUUUUGAGACCGACACUGCUACCGCCAUGUCGUGCCGCGCACCCUUUCAACCCGAGGAUCAGUACGAGCAACUGCGUAGACCGAAUGCUGGACCAUCAGCCGCUGCAGUUAACACUCCACCUCCCCCCAUGCAAAUGGGUGGCGCCAGCUUGACGCCGCUAGAGCAGCAGGCGCAACUCUUUGAUUAUGGUGCAGCCGCUGCCAUGGGCUUUGCGCCACAGCCAGGAUAUGCGCCCGGUCCCAUAAGCUAUGCGACGGGACCAGCCGAGCAGGCGGCUCUUCUAAAUGAUAUGUCGGCGGGCUAUGGUCAAUCGAAGCUAUCGGCCACUGCGACAGUGUUUGUGCCCAAUCAGGUGAGCAACAGCAAAUGUGGCCCGUCGCCACAUCAGCAACACUAUCAUCAGCAGCAACAACACCAGGCAACAGCAACACCGUACCAACAGCGCUACAUGAAUGGUUAUAAGCAGCAUCAGCAGCAUCAGCCGCAUUAUAAUAAUCACCAUCAGCAGCAACGUCAGCACCAGCAUCAGCAGCAUCAGCAAUAUAACAACGAUAUGCAGCAGCUUUCGAAUUCGGUGCAAGCUCGCUUGCAUAUUGGCAAACAGCCGACGCACAAUGGUGCUGUUGGCAAUUAUUAUCAACAACAGCAACAUCAUCAUCAGCAGCAGGUACACACACUGCAACACCAACACCAUCAACCGCACACACAACAACAAUCACAAUCGAAAUUCCAACGUCACGCUCACUUAAAUAAUUCAUUCCAACAAAUGUCACAACAGACGCAGCAGCAGCAACACCACCAUCAACAGCAGCAGCAGCAGCAGCAAUACUACCAACAACAGCAGCAGCAGCAACAACAACAGCAACAACCACAAGCAUCGACCUCAGCGGUGGCUGCUUCCAGCUCAUCAGCUACGUCUCAUCCGGAUAUGGAAACUAUUGCAUUAGAAUAUCUUGACACUGUCAUACAUUGCCUUAAUCAGAAUCCCGGACAAUUUGACGCAAUUGCAUCACGUUUCCUAACCAUAUUCGAUGGCAUGGAGAGCAACAAUUAUGUAUUGUCGAUCGCUAUGGAGGAUAUAUUCGAGAAAUCCAUUGAGCAGCCAAAUUUCCGUUAUAUGGGCGCCAAGCUGUAUAAUCUAUUGCACAUGUUGAAUCUCAAGCCAGACUCACUCUUCCACACCUUGCUCAAGUGCAAGCUGGACUAUCAUCAGUCCGAAGUGGCGAAGUAUAUGCAAUCCACAGAUCAGCAGCAAAAGGUGCGCGAGACGGCGCUCUUUCUGGCCGAGCUGUAUAUGCAGUUGCGUGGCGACGAUGAUGCACGCAUUCAACUCAUUGCUGUCAAUAUUGUCUACUCGCUUAGCCAGCUGUUAGCAUUUGAAACGGCCGAGAAUGUGCGCUGCAUAUGCCAGACGUUGAAGUUGGCGGGAUACGACUUGAGUGCCGACUGUCCACAGGACAUGCAACAGAUUAUUGCUGCGCUGCAGACAAUUGAAGCCAUGUUUCCAGGCAAAUACGCCAUGGCGGCCAGUGUGCUUGCCUUGCAGGAGAACAAUUGGGGACGCAAAAUAUCCAAUGCGCUCGGUGGAGAUGACGAUGCGGUGAAUAAGCCACCAGAGCCACCACGUUUAAGCGAUGAGCCCGUCUUUUAUGGACCCGAUGGACGCGAACUAACGGCAGAGGAGACAGAUUUCCUGGCUGCUGAGGAUGAUGCCACUGGCAGCGAUGGCGAUGAUUCUGAUGAGGGAGACAACGAAUUGGAUCUCGACCCCGAAAUGGAUGAGGAGACUGAGCGCGCCUACAAGGACUUUCUCAAGCAGGGCAAGAAAGCUGCCAAGAAAUCUUAGAAUGUAUUUUAAGUAUGUGUAAUA